AUGACCCCUUCUACCAACUGGACUUCUUCCCGCGAAACUCUCGAGAGAGGACUAGAGAGCGUCCUCGUCGGCGACCCAACCACCACAAGAUCUGACCUCGAGAAAUACUUCACACCCACCUACACAUCCCUCGUUGAUGGCAAGUCUGUCAACUUUGAAGAAUUCGUCCAGCAUAUGGAACAUCUCCGCAAAAUCACUACUGCCAUUAGUGUAAAGUCUUCACAUUACCUACGCGACGGGAAUCAACUCGCAGAACGACAUAUUGCGACAGUCGAAUUCGCGAAUAAGCCGACAGCCAAGUUUGAAGUCUUUAUGAUUGCGACGGUGAAUGAGGAUGGAAGGAUUGAGAAUUUGGUGGAGACUUUGAGACAGUUUGAGGGGUUGGAGGAGGAUAAGGACCUGGGCAGUGCGAGGGCUUGA